UCGUUGCUAAGGGCGCCAUGGACGCCACUCGAAGGCCUCUCUAUAUCCCGCCCGAGAUGGGGCUUUACGCGGAAAAACACCGCCUUUUCCAAACAAUGCAGGCCAUGCUUGAAGGUUUGCUGAUCCACAGGCCAGAAAAGCCCAUAGAUUUCUUGAUUGAACUGUUGGAGUUAGACAAUGAUGACGUUCCGAAGAUCUGCAUACUGGGUCCCCCUGCCUCUGGGAAGACGACGAUUGCAAUGUGGCUUUGUAAACAACUGCUGACCCCACGGAUCUCUCGGGAGACUUUGUCUACCCCUCUGAAGUCGCUUCUGUCACGCAAAACAGAGGAGCAUCAGAUGAGCCAACAGGACAUUCCUGCCCAGGUGUUGAUUGAUGUGAUUGAGGAACAGCUGCAGUCAGAGGAGUGCAUCGAACGCGGCUGGGUUAUGGAAGGGAUUCCUGAAAACCGAGAACUUGCACGAGCCCUUCAGGAAAGGGCGAUCGUUCCCAGGCACGUCGUGGUGCUCCACGCGGCAGACACGGUGCUGAUUGAGAGGAAUCUUGGGAAAAGAGUGGACAUCAUGACUGGAGAGGUGUACCAUACGACCUUCGACUGGCCAACUGAUGAGGCAGUACAGAAGCAGCUGAAGGCCCCUGAAGGGAUAUCUGAAGUGGAGACCACAAGGCGGCUCUUGGAGUACCAUCGGAACUUCCCGGGGAUUCUCCAGUCCUUUGAGAAACCGAUGAAACUGAUCAAUGCCGACCAGCCGUGUGCAGACGUCUUCGCCCAAGUUCUGACCCAUGUCCGAGCUCCACCUCGAACACCUGCCCCGUUUUCUCCUCGGAUUAUCCUUUGUGGGCCUCCAGGCUGUGGGAAAAGUCUUCAGGCAGCAUUACUCUCUCAUAAAUACGGUAUCAUCAAUGUUUGCUGCGGGCAAUUGCUAAAGGAAGCUGUAGCCAACGAGACAAAACUCGGAGAACUCAUUAAGCCCUAUCUUGACGACGGAUGGCCAGUCGCAGAUAACCUGAUCAUCAAGGCGCUCUUGGAUCGGCUGAACAGCCUGGACUGCUACACCCGCGGCUGGGUGCUGCAUGGUUUCCCGAGGGACGAGGACCAGGCGAAGCUGCUGAAGAAUGUGGGAGUUGUUCCUAACAGGGUGUUUUUCCUGAAUCUCACAAUGGAGGCGAUUUUGGAGCGUCUGUCUUACCGUGCAGUUGACCCAGUUACCGGGGAAAGGUACCACACCCUGAACAAGCCGGCGCCUUCCAAGCAAGCCCACAAGCGCCUCCUGACGAACCCGAAGGACGUCGACGAGCGCGUGAGGACGAAGGUCGAAAUGUACUUCAGGCUUUCCAGCGGCAUGGAGGAGCUGUUUGAAGAUGCCGUGGCGAUCAACGCCGACCAAGACCCCCAGACGGUCUUCGAGUAUAUCGAGAGCUAUAUCGUCAAUCCGCUGCCCUGCUCCCCAGCCUGGAAAAUGAGCAAACAAACACGAGCUAGCAUUGGCCCUGGGGCGGGCAGUUCUGAGUGA